CCGGCGGAGCGCGGCGGACAGCGGGCGAGCGGAGCCGCGCCGCGCAGCCCCGUCCAUGCGGCUCGGAGGCGGCGGCGGGAGCCCGCGGGCGGCGGGGCCCCCCGGGAACGGCAGCCGGUGGCGGGGGGCGGCGGAGGACGGCAGCAGCCCCAGCCCCGAGGCUUGGUCGGGGGCGCCCAACGGCAGCGCGGGCGACUGGGACCCGUUCGGGCGAGACGAAGAGCUGGCCAAGCUGGAGAUCGCCGUGCUGGCCGUCACCUUCGCGGUGGCGGUGCUGGGGAACGGCAGCGUGCUGCUGGCGCUGCGGCGCACCCCGCGCAAGGCGUCCCGCAUGCACCUCUUCAUCCGGCACCUCAGCCUGGCCGACCUGGUGGUCGCCUUCUUCCAGGUGCUGCCGCAGCUCUGCUGGGAGGUCACGCACCGCUUCCACGGCCCCGACGGGCUCUGCCGCGUCGUCAAGCACCUGCAGGUGUUCGGCAUGUUCGCCUCGGCGUACAUGCUGGUGGCCAUGACGGCCGACCGCUACAUCGCCGUGUGCCACCCGCUGAAGACGCUGCAGCAGCCCACCAAGCGCUCUUACGCGAUGAUCGCGGCCGCCUGGGCGCUCAGCCUGCUGCUCAGCACCCCGCAGUACUUCAUCUUCAGUCUCAGCGAGGUGGAGCGCGGCUCGCGGGUCUACGACUGCUGGGCGCACUUCAUCAUGCCUUGGGGGCCCCGCGCCUACAUCACCUGGAUCACCGGCGGCAUCUUCGUGGCUCCCGUGCUCAUCCUCGCCACCUGCUACGGCUUCAUCUGCUUCCGCAUCUGGCGCAGCGCCCGCGGCAGGGCGCGCCCCGGGGAGGCGGCCGGCGGCGGCCCUCGACGGGGGCUGCUCCUCGCCCCCUGCGUCAGCGGCGUCAAAACCAUCUCCCGCGCCAAGAUCCGCACCGUCAAGAUGACCUUCGUCAUCGUCUCGGCCUACGUCGUCUGCUGGGCGCCCUUCUUCACCAUCCAGAUGUGGUCCGUCUGGGACCAGCACUUCCCCUGGGUCGACUCUGAAAACACUGCAACCACCGUCACCGCCCUCCUGGCCAGCCUGAACAGCUGCUGCAACCCCUGGAUCUACAUGUUCUUCAGUGGGCACCUCCUACAGGACUGCGUGCAGAGCUUCCCUUGCUGCCAAAAGAUAAAGCAGACGCUGAGCAAGGAGGAUUCAAACAGCAACAGCAGGCGACAGACUUCUUUCACCAACAACCGGAGCCCGACGCACAGCCUGAACACCUGGAGGGAGUCUCCCCACUCCAAGUCCACCAGUUUCAUUCCUGUGCCCACCUGAGGCCCUGGGCAGGUGGGCCUGAGCACUUGGGGCUGGGCAUGGGCACUGGCCAUGGCAGCAAGGAGAGACUAGGAUGGCCACGGGCCGACACGUGUUGCCUUGCUUGGUGAGCUCUUCCGCAGCCUGUAGGUUGUUGUGUGAAAGGUAUUUAGAGCUUGGGCAACUUAUCAGGAAGGCGUGACAAUAAUAAAGCAAUUAUUUUUCUAAAUAGAAUUUAAUCUUCAUUUUAUUUUUCGUUUCUGAAGUAAUACAUGCGCUACUUGCUCAAGCCAAGCGGUACAAAUGGCAGAGUUGGCCUACACUGGGGUAGCCUUGCUCUCUAGCAUUUAACACCUAAAACUUCUCACACACAGAAAGAGGAUGCGAAAGCAGGAUCACAAUUUGGUCUGAAACACCAACAGGAAGGAGUUGGAAGAAAGUCCUCACUGACCAGAUUAGGACAAUUUAAUGACAAAAUGUAACAGCCCUUACUGCUGUCCAUGUAUGUGUGUGGACUGAGGUGUUUGAAUUUUAGGGUGACGUCUCCCUUUCGUGCUGAUGGUGGUUACACAGCAUUUUUGUUUGUUUUGUUGCACCUAUGUUUAAUUUUUGUAACUAAUUCAAAGAAAUACUGUGGUAAAUCAGUAUCAUAGAAUCAUAGAAUCCUUGAGGUUGGAAAAGACCUUUAAGUCUAACUGUCAGUGCAUGACCACCAUGAUACCACAGUGAAUUCAGUUCCCAACACUUUCCCUUAAAAGUGGACACUGAGAAUGUUGUAGACAAAAGGAUGCAAUCCCUAUUGCUUGGCACUAUCAUCUCUCAAAAUUAAAAUGAGAUGCAUAGCACCACUUAGCAGCCAAGCUCACGUAAGGCAGGCAAUGGCAUUUGAGUCUGAGGGAUAGGGAGUGGGUACAGUAAGUUCUGAUCAGCUCAGCAGUAUUGCAAACAGACACAUGAAGAGCACUCAUCACGACUCCCAGAACCACUCGCAUUGUGGGAAAUAGUUGUAUCUCUGUUUUCACAAAGACAGCUAGUAUAGCGAAUUAAGCUUGCUGCAAAUACAUAUAGAAAUUGUCAGUGUUAUUUAUUUGUGGCAGAUGAUGGCAAUGUGGGCUGUGAAAAUGGCAGUAAACUACAAUAAAGUCACUACACUACAUUAACUAACUGUCAAGCGCUCAAGGUGAGCUUGUUUCCACCACCGUGCAUGCCAAGCCAAAAGUAGUUCCUAGUGCUUCUAAAUAAUCCUGUUCUGUCUUUCUGUGGAGACUGUGCUGUACCUGGCCUGAAGAUCCCUGAGUAGUUUUUGCUGUGUUAUCAAAAUCCUGAAGACCUCUUUUAUGUGUCCUGCAUUUACAGUAGUGAAACCAGAAAGAGACCCGGUGGUGUUCAGCCAGCAUCUGUGUGAUAUUCUGUUCCUCUCAUCUGCGAUGCUCUGUUCUCCCCAUCUGCUCCACUUCCCUCAGCUGUGUGGAUCCUGACAUCCAGUUGUUCCCCUGGCACUACCUGGGACUCCUGACGUGGUUCCAUCUGGCUGCACAAAUGUGUGUGCUUCUGUUGGCAGGGAGGAACCUCAAAACACGUGUCUUUUUUCCCCACCAAACCCAGAUAACCAAGAUUGUUUUCCUAAUUGCUUGAGGAGAAAAAAAAAUGAGGCUACAAUGGUAGCUUUCACAGAGGACGAUGCUGGCCCCACACAUCUCUCAGUAGUGGUAGCAGAAAUUAGUAGAACUGCAUGACAGAUAAGAUCAUAUUCAACCCAUCAUCCACUCCACAGGCUCCCAGUUGUAUCACUGGGCAGUGAAAAAGGAAGAAUAUUCCUCAAAAAAACAAAACAAAACAACAACAACAAAAAAGCCAACGAAAUUAAUAACCAAAAAAAUGAGGAUUUGUUGUCACCAAAGAAAAUUGUAGCUCUUUUCUCUAUAUUUUUUCUCAGUGUUUUCUGCACUCCAGGGGAGCAAUCUGUUCUGGUUUGUUCUUGGUGGUGCCUAAAACACUAUAAUCCAAGGGGCAACAUGAUGGAAUGGCUUAUAUUUGGUGGACUGCCUCUUUGGUCACCAUUAGGACAUGGAUAUGACUGCAACUCUCACCGGUUUUGGGUGAAGGUAUAUGACAAAGGGGUUACAUUUUAGUCCAAAAAAAUGCAUGCAACGGCGCCAUGUGUGUAUUUGUUCACAUUAUAUUUACUGCCUCUACUUCACAAGUGGGUAAUUCACAAUUACUGGAAUUACAGAUGUCUCAAGUUAAGUAUAACAGUCUUUGCCUGGUUUUAUAUUUGUGUUUCAUAUGGUCUGUACUUAAAAUAUAAAACACAAUUAGCUGUAAUAACAACAUUUUCAUGUUUGCUGAUUUGAGAUGUUUUUGUAUUACACUUUUUAUUCAAGUAGAGAAGACUGAGAAAACGAAUGUACAAUAAUAUUGAUUAUUAAACGAGGCUGGGUGAUGACUAAUAGAUCAAAAGAGUAAACUGACUCAAAAUCAUAAUUUUCAGCUUCUUCCAAGUACGUUACAAAGCCCGGGCUUAUACUUGGGGCAUGUCAAUGUAAGUGUACUCCGUGAGUGUUCUACAGUUUCUGUAAUUAAAUCAAUAAAACAAAUUUGGAGUAUUUGAA